AUGACAACGUCAACUACUACUGCAUUGGACUCGUUACAGAAUGAGAUGAAUACAUUCUCUUUGGAAGAACUGAUGGGCGAGCCACAACUACUGGCCAAGCACAGAGAGGACACGAUCAAUCAAAUGAAGUCAUUGGCAUUGCAACAUUAUCAGCUCUUCAUUGAUAACUACAAUACACUCAACUAUACUUACUCACAGAUGAACAACAUUAAUAAUAGAGCAGAUAAUAUACUUACAUGUUUGCAAUCAGUGUCUACACAUUGUGAGUCAUUCUCCAGCAUGUCGAAUGGACUGACAACAAAGAGAUCAUCAGUCAAGAACUUGUUAGACAACUUCCCUACACUACUCGAUCUGUUGGAGAUACCUCAACUUAUGGACACAUGCGUUAAGAAUGGAUACUAUGAGGAGGCACUUCAGUUAGAGUCAUAUGCCAAGAAGAUUGCCAAGCAAUAUCCAAACAUCAAGGUGAUAAAGGAGAUUGUCGAUGAAGUUGACAAGAGUACUCAAUCACUUAUUGCCAACCUUCAGCAAUCACUUAGAGUCAAUAUAUCACUCACUGAUUGUAUAAAGACCAUUGGAUAUCUGAGGAGACUAUCUUUCAAGGAGAAUGAACUCAAGACUACACUCCUACACUCACGUGAUCAAUUCCUAAUGAACUCAAUCAAGUUCAUCACUGACUCAAACCCUGUAUCCUAUCUGACCAAACUCACAGACUGUUGCCGAACAAACAUCUUUGACAUCGUCACUCAGUUCAAUGCAAUCUUCUCAGACUCUGAUGAUGAGCUUCAAAUGGAUGAUUACAUACUUAAUGGAUGGAUUGAAAUGAAGUUACAAUAUUACUUGGCGACAUUGGAGAAGACUCUACCAUUGAUUAAGGAGGGCUCAUCAAUAUCUUAUAUACUGGAGAAUGCUAUGUAUUACUCAAUGUCCAUGUCUAGAGUGGGCAUUGACUUUAGAGGCCUGCUACCACCAAUCUUUGAGAAGGUCAUCACUUCAAUCUUCCUCUCGCACACUGCCAAUGCUAUACAUCGAUUCCUCGAGACACUCAAAUCAUUCAGAUUCCAACAUCAACAGUCAUCAUCAUCCUCCUCCUCCGGCUCAUCCUCCACAACAACGAUCGCACCACCAUCAAGCAUUCUCAAACAUCCACCACUGGCCAUCUUGACCAACUCAUUCAUGACGGCAUUCAUCGAACUAAAGUAUGUUACCAUCAUUGAUCAAUGA